UUCGGUCCACCCCGCAUAGCAGGGCCCACUUCGAGAGCACAUCAAAAUGGCUGCCUCUGUUGAGCGCGCCUCAGAUAUUAUAGGUUUAUUGACGGAAAAUGGCGUGGAAUCGCUCCAGAACACCCUAUGUUGUGGAGAAAAAAGAUACCUUGUUUGGACUAGACUCUCAAUUGACGCUGGGACGUGGAUUAUUGUGGCAAGUGAUGGUGUGGAUGUCUGGAGACUUGAGCUAGACAAAGAGCAACUGAUAUCUUAUAGGCAGCUGGCUGCAGCAGACACGUUUGAGACAUAUUUUGCACAGUUUAGAAGUGAUUUUCAGUGUGGUAACUUGACAAUAGCCCAGGUAGAUGGCAAGGUAUCACUCAGUGUUGGUGCAUCUUUGAGAUAUGAAUUGUAUGAGGCAAACGACUAUAACCAGAAAGCAGAAUUGCAACAUGUCAUCUUCAGAAUGGCUGAUGCUGUUUCCAUGCUCACACAUAAGUUGAAAGUAUCUUCAGAAUCAUUUGACAGAAUAAGAAGUGAUAAAGAUGUGAGCACCAGUGGAAUAUCUAUGUUUGAUAUGACACAUAAGAAACCAGCUUCCCAACAAGUGAAAAGAAAAGGAACAAGUAUUAUCAAUCCUGGAAGUAGGAACGACACCAGUGGGGUUAAUCUAGCCUCGGUGGAGGGAGAGCCAACUGAGUCUGUGCACAUAUCGGUGUUGAGUGGUUCAUCUAUGCUCGACGUGUACCGAUGCCCUAACCCCAUCCAAUGUCCGUUCCCUUGUGAGAAAAGCAGCAGAAGGUAUCAUUGCCCACUAUGCGAUAAUCGACCGCAGAAACCAGGGCGCAUGCGUCGGCACUUUUUCACAAUGCAUGCUGGGAAACAUGUGAUCGAGCACGAAGGUUACCGUGUGAUGCGGUGUAAACUCAAGUGCAUUCGCGCCAAUGGCCGCGUCACCGACUGCUCGCACUACCAUUGCUGUCUGUGCGGGCGAGUCUGCUUGCGCAAGGUCCACCUUUGCUGCCACCUCCAAGCGCAUGCGCUGGGCACUGCAAAGGUCGUGGAUGACGUCAAUGAUGAUGUCAUGGACGCUUCGUUAAUCGAGGAAGAGCAGGAGGGAGGGGAGGGUGAGGGAGAAGAUGAUGACGAGGAGGAGGAACUAGGGGAGAAGACUCUUAACUCGUCAGACUCUAUCCCGGAGAUGUCACACAUGGCUUGUAGCGCUGCGGCAGACAGUAAUAUAGUGGCGCUGACUGAAGGCACACAGGUGGUUUAUGUGCAGUCCAUGCAUGACGGUGAGACGCUUACCGUUCUACCCGUCAGCGAUCACUCUGAGAGUCUGACGAUGUCCCAAGCGCAACAGAUCUCUUCUGACGUCACAUCCAACCAGCUGACGUCCGAUUUACAGGUGAUGACGUCACCAGGAGUUGGGCCGGAUGUUCAGGCAGUCGGGGACCAGGAGUCCUCGGUCAUCGUAAAACACAUGGAGGUUAUCCUCGACCCAGGAGAGAGUGGAGUGCCAAAUUCACAAGUGCCAUCAGACUCGGUCCACCCUGUUGAAAACACGUCGGCUAUCUCUCAGAAUCUGGACGGUACAUACAGUGAACAACAAGAGACAGAACAGCAACUACAGGAGACUCCCUUAUACCCCGAGCACUCGUACAACGAAUUUCCUGCCUCGGCACAGAGAGAGCAAAUGCUUCAGAAACCCAGCCAUGUGAACACAGGGUUAACCAAUCAGGUGGAGGAACCACUAGCUGACAGACAGUUCUCUUCUGAGUUAGCUAGUCAAGAGCAGUCUGUGACUGUUGAAGGAAUGUCAGCGGUUUCGUCAGCUCUCGAUCAGCUGAUCAUGACGACAUCAGCUGUGAAUAGUCACAUGACGAUGAGCAGCGAAUCGCCAAUACAGCCAGCCGUAGUAACAGCUCGGCCGCCCAUCGAACCGCCCACUCACUCGUCAGCGCCAUUCACAAGCACUCCGUACACUCCACAGUCCAGUCAGGUGAAGUCCAAGCCUGCCGAUCACGACUCAAUAUUGCUAGUGAGUAAAACAGACACUCCCCGCGAAGACGACCACGUGUUUAGUAAGCUGUUUGCCAACUCAAAACUGCUGGUAGAAGAGAUGUUCGAGCACCCAUCCGUGCUCCGUGAGCAGGAAUCCUUGGACGUGUGCCGGUGUAAAAACACUGAAUGUGACUGCAGGCUGUAUCAUUGUCCUCUCUGCACCUGCCUUCCUAACAAGCCAGGGAGGAUCAAGGAGCACUUUAAGAAAAUACACUCAGAAGAUCUCAUCAUUAGAUAUCAAGGGUUUCAAAUGCUGCGGUGCAAGCUGGGUUGCUGUCGUCCAAGUGGGAAGCGUAUUCUUAACUCGCACUACCACUGCUGCAUGUGUGGCUGUAUCUGCAUUAGCAAGUCCGGCGUGUACGAGCACAUCCGAACACAACAUUCAGCUGAAGCAUCCAGACCCGGGGAACAAGCCACGUGCAAGCGGCAUGCCACACCCUGCAGGACCCCACCCGCCAAGAGGAUGGUCAAGGAGGACAAGGCUUGUGAAGAUAAUGUACAGGAGCCCAAGCAAGUUGUGGUUCAACUGAAGCAAGAUUCUACUCAGAGAACAGAUACCAGUCAAGCGGAACCAGCACAAAGUGCACCAGAAGCAGGAAACAACCAGACGAUAGCUAUCCAGCUACCGCAGAUAGGAGAUAGUGUGUAUCAAGGUGCAUCACAGCCGGGAAUGAACCAACCGCUAGUAAUACUCAUGCCUCAGAACUACAACCAGGGGCAAGCAGCCUUGCAAAACCAGCAGCCGAUAGUUAUAGUUAUGCCCCAGGGUGGGGCGGGGGGUGCUACUAUGGCACAGCCCAUCGUGGUGCCUCUACCUCAGCAGACAUCAUCUUCACAGUAGAAUCUCAUAAAACUUAUAGGAAUGACCAGCAGCCGAUAGUUAUAGUUAUGCCGCAGGGUGGGGCGUGGGGGGGGGGGGGUGGUGCUACUAUGGCACAGCCCAUCGUGGUGCCUCUACCUCAGCAGACAUAAACAUCACCUAUCAUAUUAGGAAAACGACACUUGUGCCCAGCGAGUCAAAUUGUAAAGAGACUAAAAAGUAUCGACUUUACCGUAUAGUUAUACUAGCGCGUUUCAUUGCCUGUAAGUAUAUUAUAUAUUGUAUAUAAGAUUACUAUAUAGAUUUGACAGCCUAAAAGCGGAGCUCCAGACCAAAACUGCUUUUUUGCUCAAUAAUUUCAAUAGAGAGCUUUACGAACGCUUGCGACGCGACUACAUAACAUCUUCUGAGUUUGGUUUUAUGACGUCAUCUAUUACGUCACACAUCAGGUGACUAUCCUGCUGGCUCCCCUUGACACCUUCAAGACAUCCCCUAAGUCUUGACACCUUCAAGACAUCCCCUAAGUCUUGAAACCUUCAAGACAUCCCCUAAGUCUUGACACGUUCAAGACAUCCCCUAAGUCUUGACACGUUCAAGACAUCCCCUAAGUCUUGACACGUUCAAGACAUCCCCUAAGUCUUGACACCUUCAAGACAUCCCCUAAGACUUGACACCUUCAAGACAUCCCCUAAGUCUUGACACCUUCAAGACAUCCCCUAAGUUUUGACACCUUCAAGACAUCCCCUAAGUCUUGACACGUUCAUGACACCCCCUAAGUCUUGACACGUUCAAGACAUCCCCUAAGUCUUGACACCUUCAAGACAUCCCCUAAGUCUUGACACCUUCAAGACAUCUCCUAAGUCUUGACAACUUCAAGACAUUCCCUAAGUCUUGACACCUUCAAGACAUCCCCUAAGUCUUGACACGUUCAAGACACCUAAGUCUUGACACCUUCAUGCGUCUUAUUGGCUCUGUGCCAAUAAAAUCUCUCUAAAUAUAGAUAAAACUAACUUUGUGUUAUUCCAUCCUCCUCAGAAAAAAGUAACUCAUCCUAUAAAACUGAAGAUAAACAAUAAACCAAUCAAACAAAA